AUGCCACGCCCUCGCAUACCUCCAGCCAUCCCACCAAAACCUAGACAUACGGGGGGUAAGAGGACGCGCGCUCUCAACGCCGUGUCGUCUGUGACCCAUUCGUCCGCCUUCCAGUCGGCGUCCGGCGCCACUGCGGGCUUGACUUCCCGCGCACGAGGUAUACUCUCGACCGCGGCGAGCUUCGCCGCCGGAGCAGCCACUCACGCAGCCAGCUCGGUCACCGCGACAAGUUCAGGAACAGAGAAACCGCAGACGUGGGGCGAGUGGGCGCGCGAGUGGCGUGAUGGUCGUAAAGGGCCGGUCAAAGGACAAGAAGUACUCAACCUUCUCCCUGGGUGGGCAGUCAAGCGCCCUUGCAAAGACGGUGGCGAGGAUGCGUUCGACCUGCACGUCUCGACCACGGGCUUCUGCUCGUUUAUUCGGGACCCGUCGACUGCAACGCGGACACAGCGGGCGCUCAUGGGUAUCGCGAAGCGCUUUGCGGCCCUGCCAACACUUCCGGUUGAAUCCCAAAUGUCGCAAGUCAUAAACGAGGCGUUAUCGGAUGAGCCGGCGCCCAUGGACUUUCCGGCGGCCGAUAAGCCGCGGUCAGCGACACGUUCAGGAGCCGCAUCGCUGGAGACGGCGAGCAAGGCGACAGACUCUCCCCCGCCCUCUCGAAGCAACACGAGUGAGGUCGCAUUUGAAAACCCCGAGUUCCUCUCGCUGGCCCACAAAUACCUCGACUCGCGCCUGCGCCCGUUCUGGUCGAGUGUGCUUCCAUUCCGCCGCGUGGCGUUGAGCAUGUACACAAUCCCCCUGACGCAGAAGAGCGAUGGGCCGCCGCCAAAGCCCGAUGCCGAACUGCUCCGCCAGGAGCCGUUGAUGAGGACGACAUUUACCACUAAUGGCCAGGGCCACUUUGCGCACCACUUUGUCAUUCCGUGGCAGCGGAUCUGUACCCACCCACAGUCGGUUCCGAUGGCGUUUGCCGACGACCCAGCCAACGACCGCACGGAAUGGGGGCUGGUCAUCCACGCCGAGCUGCUGAGCGAGGAGGGACCCGACUGCCUCAUCCAGGCAUCGUACUCGGAGGUGCCGUACGAGGAGCGCGUACCGCGGAGAGUGUCGAGCGCAACGAGCUUCUUCUCGAGCGCCGAGCCACCGAACCAGAAUGACGGCGAUGGUGAGCAGGAGAUGGGGCUCAUGGGACUCGGCAUCGGACGCGCAGCCGUGACGUCGGACGUGGUCAUUGGUGUAUCGAGGCCAGGUGGCAUCCGCGUCAUCUCGGACCUCGACGAUACCGUCAAGCACAGUGACAUCCUGAGCGGGCCGCGCGAGGUGUUCCGCAACGUCUUCUGCCGGCGACUCGAGGACAUUGCCGUGCCUGGCAUGAGCGAGCUGUACCAAACUCUGACGAAGGAGGGGAUGAGCAGCCUGCACUUUGUGUCCAACUCGCCAUUCGAGCUUUUCCCCAUAGUAUCCGAGUUCUUCCGGCUGAACCACUUCCCAACGUAUUAUAGCCUGAAACUCAAGUUCUACGGUGGGCGCUCGAUCAUUACCUCGCUAUUUGAGCCAGCAGGCCAGCGUAAGCGCCCCUCCAUCCUGGAGAUCCUGGACGAGUUCGACGACAGUACGUUCAUUCUGAUCGGUGAUUCUGGCGAGCAAGACCUCGAGCUGUACACGGCGAUUGCUCAUGAGCGGCCGACUCAGGUCGCUGCCAUCUUCAUACGCGACGUCACCUCUGGCCGCGUGGACGAGCUGCGGAAUCUCGCAGGCGAGCCUAGCAAGCUCGACAACGACAUCAAGAACAUGAAGCUCGAGUCGCCGCCCUCUGGCACCAGCACUCCCAGCGAUCCCCGUCCAACCAAAGCGGACAUUGACGGCACCAUGGCAGAGCUGCAGGAGCUCAGCGCGAGCGAGCAAAAACUCCUUCGCCUGGCGGCGAAGUGGGAGUACCGCGUUCAGCAGGCGUAUGAGCUGGUGCCGGACAACAUUCCUCUGGUAUUCUUCAAGGAGGCUGAGGAGAUUGAGAGCCUAGCCUCGGGCAUCGUCCGCGAGGCGGCCAAGGAGGCGGCGCUGCCUCCAUCCCCAACCGGCAAGGCGCGUGCUGAGCACUUCCACAAGCAGCAUUCGCACACGGUGCGGAUGGACGACAGGAUGUGCGAGGAGCAGGUACAGGGUGCAGGGUUGGGGUCGGGCUCGGCAUCGCCUGUAACGACGCCGUCGACACUGAAACGCGAUUCCCCGUCACCCGGGAAUCGCGUCCAGGAGUAG